GCAAGUAGAUAGAUACAUUAAUGUUACGUAUGGCGUAAACUCGUCCUCCUCUUCUUCUCACAUCUCCUCUUAUCUUCUUCAUUUCCACAGAGUACUCCACUCUUGCAAGUUAGGGCUUGUUGAUUGCGAUGUGGAACUCGUCGGAGAGUGUGUCGGUGAGGUCGGCGUCGUUCAGGGAGGCGGCGGACGACGAGGAGGCGUUGCAGUGGGCGGCGUUGGAGCGGUUGCCGACGUAUAAUCGUGUACGGAAGGGAGUGUUUAAGAACAUUGUGGGCCAGCUUGUGGAGAUUGAUGUGCAGAAGCUUCAGGUUGAGGAACGGAAAGUUGUGUUGAAUCGGUUGGUGGAGUCGGUUGAGGAUGAUUGGGAGAGGUUUUUUCACCGGAUUCGACACCGGUUUGAUAAAGUUGAUUUGCAGUUUCCGAAAAUUGAAGUUCGAUUCCAGAAUCUGAAUGUUUACACAUAUGUGCAUGUUGGGAGUCGAGCACUGCCUACUAUUACCAACUUUAUGUUUAACAUGACCGAGGCUCUAUUACGACAGUUAAGGAUUUACCGGCCUAAGAGAAGAAAAUUGUCGAUAUUGGAUAAUAUGAGUGGAAUAAUUAGACCUUCUAGAUUGACACUGCUUUUGGGUCCUCCAAGUUCUGGAAAGACGACACUGCUGCUGGCCCUUGCUGGUCGCCUUGGACAAGAUUUGCAGAUGUCAGGGAAUAUUACUUACAACGGACAUAGUUUAAAAGAGUUUGUUCCACAGAGGACAUCUGCCUACGUUAGUCAACAAGAUUGGCAUGUGCCAGAGAUGACUGUGAGAGAAACACUUGAUUUCUCAGCACGUUGUCAGGGUGUUGGAUGUAAAUAUGAUAUGCUUGAGGAGCUUGCAAGAAGAGAGAAGAGGGCUAGUAUCAAACCUGAUGAAGAUCUUGAUAUAUUUAUGAAGGCAUCAGCAUUAGGAGGACAGGAGACGAGUCUAAUUGUGGAGUACAUAUUAAAGAUUUUAGGGUUGGAUCUAUGUGCUGACACUUUGGUUGGAGAUGAAAUGCUCAAAGGAAUCUCUGGAGGACAAAAAAAGCGGCUUACUACAGGUGAAUUAUUAGCGGGUCCAUCAAGAGUCCUGUUCAUGGAUGAGAUAUCAAAUGGGCUUGACAGUUCAACUACUUACCAAAUCAUCAAGUAUCUCAGGCAUUCCAGUCAUGCACUUGAUGGGACCACUGUGAUUUCUUUGCUUCAACCUGCUCCUGAGACGUAUGAGUUGUUUGAUGAUAUAAUUCUUCUCUCCGAGGGUCAAAUUGUGUAUCAGGGGCCUCGUGAUUCUGCCCUUGGAUUCUUUGCAUCAAUGGGAUUUCAAUGCCCUGAACGAAAGAAUGCAGCGGACUUCCUUCAAGAAGUUAUAUCGAAAAAGGACCAAGAGCAGUAUUGGGUUGUUCAUGAUCGCCCCUAUCAUUAUAUAUCCGUGCUGAAGUUUGCUGAAGCCUUUCGUUCAUAUCAAUUGGGAAAGAAUUUAGGCGAAGAACUAGACAUUCCAUUUGAUAGACGUUAUAAUCAUCCUGCAGCACUGUCAACCUCUCAGUACGGAAUUUCAAGGAUUGAGCUUCUUAAGACGAGCUUUGAUUGGCAAUUGCUACUAAUGAAACGAAACUCGUUUAUUUAUGUUUUCAAGUUCAUUCAGCUCUUCUUUGUUGCUUUAAUUACCAUGAGUGUUUUCUUUCGGACAACUCUUCACCAUAAUACAAUUGAUGAUGCUGGGCUAUAUCUCGGGGAACUUUACUUUUCUAUGGUCAUUAUUCUUUUCAAUGGAUUUACGGAGGUUCCAAUGUUGGUAGCGAAGCUGCCGGUGCUUUAUAAGCAUAGAGAUUUGCACUUCUACCCAGCCUGGAUUUAUACACUUCCUUCCUGGGUCUUAAGCAUUCCAAUAUCACUCAUAGAAUCUGGUUUUUGGGUCAUGAUCACGUAUUACGUGGUUGGAUUUGAUCCUAAUAUUGUUAGCUUUUUUCGACAAUUCCUUUUGUAUUUCUUCCUACAUCAAAUGUCAAUUUCUCUUUUUCGUCUAAUGGGAGCCUUGGGACGAAAUAUGAUAGUUGCUAAUACUUUUGGAUCUUUUGCCAUGUUAAUUGUAAUGGCUCUUGGUGGAUAUGUGAUCUCGAGAGCUAGCAUCCCCAAAUGGUGGAUCUGGGGCUUCUGGAUUUCUCCUCUUAUGUAUGGUCAAGCUGCAUCUUCCGUCAAUGAAUUUCUUGGACAUUCAUGGGAUAAGAAAAUUGGGAGCAAUUCUACUAUGCGUUUAGGUGACCAAUUACUCAAAGCACGUAGUUUGUUUCGUCAGAGUUAUUGGUAUUGGAUUGGUGUUGCUGCUUUGCUUGGAUAUACACUUCUGUUUAAUAUCCUUUUCACCUUCUCCCUAACUUACCUCAACCCUUUGGUGAAGCAGCAGGCAGUUGUUUCUGAAGAAGAGCUCCAAGAAAGAGAUAAUAGAAAAAAAGGUGUAAGUGAAACUAAAGUCGUUAAUAUUCAGCUAAGAGAAUAUUUGGAGCAUUCAGGUUCACUAACUGGAAAAAGUUUUGAUCAGAGAGGCAUGGUUCUUCCUUUUCAACCACUUUCGAUGUCUUUCAGCAAUAUUAGUUACUAUGUUGAUGUACCUUUGGAAUUAAAGCAGCAAGGAGUUAGUGAGGAAAGAUUGCAGCUGUUAGUUGAUAUCACUGGAGCAUUUAGGCCAGGUGUCCUUACUGCUUUAGUUGGAGUUAGUGGUGCUGGAAAGACCACCCUCAUGGAUGUAUUAGCUGGCAGAAAAACGGGUGGGGUUAUUGAAGGGACGAUUAAAAUAUCGGGUUAUCCAAAAAAGCAGGAAACUUUUGCUAGAAUAUCUGGUUACUGUGAGCAGAAUGACAUUCAUUCACCAUGCCUUACUGUUCAUGAAUCACUUUUAUUUUCUGCAUGGCUCCGUUUACCAUCAGAAGUUGACAUUGUUACACAAAAGGCUUUUGUUGAGGAGGUGAUGGAACUUGUAGAGCUCACUCCAUUAAAAGGCGCUUUGGUUGGUCUGCCAGGUGUUGAUGGCUUGUCAACGGAGCAAAGAAAAAGACUAACCAUUGCAGUUGAGUUGGUGGCUAAUCCUUCUAUAGUUUUCAUGGACGAGCCUACAUCAGGACUGGAUGCAAGGGCUGCUGCAAUUGUAAUGAGGACUGUGAGGAAUAUCGUAAAUACAGGGAGAACAAUUGUUUGCACAAUACAUCAACCCAGCAUAGACAUUUUUGAAUCCUUUGACGAGCUUGUAUUUAUGAAGAGGGGAGGAGAGCUCAUAUAUGCAGGCCCACUUGGCCCCAGGUCUUACAAACUUGUAGAUUAUUUGGAGGCAAUACAGGGAGUACCAAAGAUACGACCUGACCAGAAUCCUGCUACAUGGAUGUUAGAGGUCACUUCAUCAAUGGAAGAAAAUCGUCUUGGUGUGGACUUUGCAGAGAUAUACCGAAGAUCAAAUCUCUAUCAACGUAACAAAGGACUGGUUGAAAGGCUGAACAGAUUAAAUAUCAAUGCAAAAGAACUGAACUUCCCAACCAAGUAUUCGCAGUCAAAAAUGGAUCAGUUUCUAGCUUGUCUUUGGAAGCAAAACCUGUGUUAUUGGAGAAAUCCACAAUACUCUGCAGUUCGCUUUUUCUACACCGUCAUUAUUUCACUGAUGCUUGGUACAAUCUGUUGGAGAUUUGGCUCCAAAAGGGAUAACCAACAGGAUAUCUUUAAUGCCAUGGGAUCCAUGUAUGUAGCAGUCCUGUUUAUUGGUGUCACCAAUGGAGGUGCUGUUCAACCAGUUGUUUCUGUCGAAAGAUUUGUUUCAUACAGAGAGAGAGCUGCAGGGAUGUAUUCUGCUCUACCAUUUGCACUUGCUCAGGUUGCCAUUGAGUUCCCUUAUGUGCUUGGGCAAGCACUCAUAUACAGUACGGUGUUCUACGCAAUGGCUUCAUUUGAGUGGACUUUUUACAAAUUUGCAUGGUACAUCUGUUUUAUGUAUUUCACUAUGCUAUACUUCACCUUCUAUGGAAUGAUGACGACAGCAGUCACACCGAAUCACAAUGUAGCUUCCAUCAUCGCUGCUCCGUUUUAUAUGCUUUGGAACCUUUUCAGUGGAUUUAUGAUACCUCACAAGAACAUUCCUAUUUGGUGGAGAUGGUAUUACUGGGCAAACCCUGUCGCUUGGACUCUUUACGGUCUUGUGGUUUCUCAAUAUGGUGAUAGUGAUGUACCUAUAAAGCUUUCUGAUGGAGUAACAGUGCUGCCAGCAAAGUUGUUAAUCAAGCAUGUCUUCGGGUUCAGGCAUGAUUUUCUCGGCAUUGCUGGUAUCAUGGUGGUUGGCUUCUGCGUCUUAUUCGCCCUUAUAUUUGCCUAUGCAAUCAAAACCUUCAACUUUCAGAAGAGAUGAUAUUCGACUUAUCUUUCUUCUACACUAUCUUAAAAAAGAUGCAUCAACGGGUAUGGUAAGAGGUCCCCAUACGAGAUUCAAUCGUGAUGAAAUUGUACAUAAUUUGCUUAAAUUUAGAGUGAACAUCAUUCAAGAGAUGGAGAUAUUCGUUUACACACGUCAUACGAUCAUGCGAGCUUUGAUUGAGAGAAGUUUGCAGAGGCAAUCUGAGGCUGCUGCUUCAGUUGAAUAUGUUGUGCAUAGACAUCACCUGAGCAAUAAUGUCACAUUUGGACUGUGAGAAGUGGAAACUUAUAUAGUAUAAGUUAGAAAUGUUUGUAGUCUUUUAAAUUUGAUACGAUUGCCUCUUACAAGUUAUAAACAUACUAGAUCUGUUUUUUUCGUAUAUUAAACAUGUAAUAAGGGUUCUGUUUACCAAGUUUGAUGGUGUUUGUUAUCGAAUUCCUCAAAUUUUGUUGA